CUGACCUGUAGUCCACACUAGUUUUCCUGUGUGCCACACUAUAAAUAAACUCAACACUGUCUUUCUUUACUUGUCACUUGCAUUUCUCAACUCAACACAAAUGGCUCUCUUUCUUUGCUUGUUAUUCCUUCUCGUUUCUUCCGCUACCGCUUGUGAUCGCUGCCUGCACCAGUCCAAGGCUGCUUAUUUCUCCAAAGCCUCUGCACUUUCAUCUGGAGCUUGUGGAUAUGGCUCCUUGGCAUUAGGCUUAAGCGGUGGACACCUAGCAGCUGGUGUUUCUUCUCUUUACAAAGAUGGAGCUGGUUGUGGUGCCUGCUUUCAGAUAAGGUGCAAGAAUUCAAAACUCUGCAACAGUAAAGGGACUAGGGUGACACUAACUGAUCUAAAUCAAAAUAAUCAAACGGAUUUUGUUCUUAGCAGCAGAGCUUUCGUGGCCAUGGCUAACCAGGGCAUGGGCCAAGACAUUUUGAAACUUGGGAUUGUCGACGUGGAAUACAAAAGGAUACCUUGCGAAUAUAAAAACCAGAACUUAGCUGUUAGAGUUGAAGAAUCAAGCCAGAAACCAAAUUACUUGGCAAUUAAAUUGCUGUACCAGGGUGGUCAGACAGAAGUAGUAGCCAUGGAUGUAGCUCAGGUUGGCUCUUCAAACUGGAAUUUCAUGAGCAGGAACCAUGGGGCAAUAUGGGACACGAGCAGAGUUCCAAAUGGUGCCCUGCAAUUUAGAUUUGUGGUAACAUCUGGGUUUGAUGGCAAGUGGAUUUGGGCUAAAAGUGUGCUUCCAGCUGACUGGAAAACUGGAGUUGUUUAUGAUUCUGGAGUUCAAAUAACUGACAUUGCAAAAGAAGGUUGCUCUCCUUGUGAUGAUGGGAAUUGGAGAUGACAGGAUCUUAAUUACCAGUUGAUCUUUUGUUAUUACACAAAAUUUGAUUUGGUUUGUUCAACAUAUAGUGAAUUUGAAUAAUUUAGAAGAUUAAAAAAUUGAAUAUAUAGCUUGUUUUUCUUUUUCAUUGUUAUUUCUCAGAUUGUUAUUGAAGAUGUCUAACAUAAUUUUUUCUA